UUCAUCUGUAUUGUAAAAGAACUGAAAUAAGCAUUGUUGUGUACGUAGAAGAUGGACUUGGAAUCUUCAAAUUAUGCUUUGGAAUCUGAGCCAGUGAGCCCAGGCAGCCAAUCUCUGAGUACCUCUGUAAUGUCUCUGGCUAUAAACAUUAUUAUGGAGUUUGAAGAGCCUAUUGCAGAUUUCAAUCGUACCAAGACCAGGCUUGCAGAUGCAAUUUUGCCCAAGAACCCACUUCUAUCCUGUAUUCUGGAGGAUGAAAAGGGAGGAAUGAUGUGGAAGAAAACAAAAGUGAAUGUGGAUGACCACAUAUUUAUUCCAAAAUUUCCACCUGGACUAGAGUGUUAUGAUUCAUUGGUGAAUGAUUAUGUUUGCAACUUACAUCUAAAACCUUUCAAUUACUCCAUUCCACUUUGGGAAUUACAUGUAGUUAAUUACAAAACCAACCGAUCAAAAGCCACCUUCAUAAUUAGAGUUCACCAUGCAAUUGGAGAUGGCAUUUCUUUGAUGUCUACAUUAUUUUCCUUUGUUACUAGAGCUGACAACCCUACUUUGCCCCCAACAUUUCCUCAAACCAAAAAGGUAAACGUCCUUAAGGAAGUGAAAUUACAAGACACUCACAACUCACUCAUACUGAAAAAAAUUCAAAGGUUGUGGUAUAUGGUAUUGGUGUUAUGGUACACAAUGCUUGAUGUUAUACAUUGCUUAUUGACAUUGAUGGGAUGGAUGGAAGAUAGCAAGCUGCCAAUGAGAGGACCUCCUGGAGUGGAACUUUUACCCACCUCUAUUUCUCAUAUUGAAUUCCCCUUACAAGAUUUGAAGCAAAUAAAGACUCGAAUUGGAGGGACAGUGAAUGAUGUGAUAUCUGGAAUAAUUUUUUGUGGAGUUCAACGCUAUGUACAAAUUUCUCUUUUGGCUGGUGGAGAACAAAGUUUAGAAGAUGCAUAUGAAAAGAGAUCGAUUCCAAAACAUAGUAUAACAAUGAAGAAUAAAAGAGCUACUGCACUGACAAUGAUCAAUAUGAGAACACUUGCUGGUCUAGAGAAUUUGGAAGAGAUGAUGAAACCAAAUACUCAAAUUCGUUGGGGAAAUCACUAUGGAAUGUUACGAGUACCAAUACCUUUGAAAAAUAUGAAGAAUCCAUUAGAUUUUGUUAAAAUGACAAAGUGUAUAUUUGAUAGACAAAAAAUGUCACUAGGAGUAUUUGCUAUUGCCAAAAUUAUGGGCUAUAUAGGGAGAUUUAGAGGAGCCAAGGCACUUGCCAAAUGUGCAUACAAGACUUCUACAAGUUCAACAAUGAUGAUAUCAAAUAUGAUUGGUCCUAAAGAAAAGAUAGCAAUUGAUGGAAAUGUAGUCAAACGAUUUUCCUUCUAUGUAUCAGGAGGACCAACAGCACUUGCUGUAUUCGUUUUAAGCUACAUGGACACAAUUACAAUACAAGUGUUAGCACAAAAAGAUUAUAUCAAUAUAGAUAUAAUAUUGAAUCUUUUUAGGGAAGCUUUUGAAGAAAUAAAGGAGGCCUCUAUCCAUGAUUUAUGAUAUAGAGAAAGUUACAAACAAACACAUUAUAGAUAUAGAGAAAAUUCUUAGAUAGGAAAGUUUAUAAUUACUCUAUAUUAAUAUCCAUAUGUUACUUAAGUACCUAGAAUAAUAUAAUAUUUUGGGCAUGUGCAUAUGGUCCUAAUCAAAUAAGAAAAGUAAAAAAUGAUAUGA